AUGACUUCCUACACAUCUGGUGCAGGAAUCCCCUUCACUUAUGGCUCUCAUACCAGUUCUUACACAGUAAGGGAUGCUAUCGCUUCAUAUCGUCGCUCGCAAUUCUUUGCCAGUUCAAACAUACCGUAUAGCUCACAUUUCUCUGACGACGAGGAGUCGGGUGAAGAGGCUCGCGUUGUAGAAGAUGAUGAGGAAGGCGAGUUAACUCCAAUAUCUAGGGAUGACGCGAUAGAGGUCUGGGACUGGGAUGAAUCGUCGCGUCCAGUCAUGCGACCUGUACGAGCUUUCCUCCCCCGACAGGUUGUUGAUAUCGGGGAAAUCACUCCUAGUGGAAGCCAACUCACUCAAACGACCAGCGACGAAGCUACUCCUUUGCUGAAAGCAUCUUCUACAUCUAAUCAAAUCAGUUAUGGGGGACCUGGGUCAGAUGCGUACGUCGACGGAGAGUUAUGCGGCUCAACAGAUCGGUCUUUACUACGGCGCAAGUCGUCAGCUACCCUGAAGAAACCAUACAACUAUGGAGGACAAAGUACAUAUGGGCAGACAUUGUUCAACAGUAUCGCGAUAUUGUUAGGCAUAGGAAUGCUAUCCGAGCCCCUGGCCUUUGCAUAUGCUGGUUGGAUCGGCGGAACAGCUCUCAUUAUAUUUUUGGGCUGCUUGAAUUGCUAUACUGCUAAAAUCCUGGCUGGUAUCAUCUUGGAUGACCCUCGUUUGAGGUCAUACGCCGACAUCGGUCGUAAGGCGUUUGGUCCGAAGUCGACUGCCUUGACCACAAUUUUAUUUUGUCUCGAACUUUUCGCCCUCGGCGUUGCUUUCGUCACUAUAGCCGCUGACUCCAUGCACGAAGUCAUGCCAGCGUAUUCUGCAGACACGUUUAAAAUCUUGUUUAUAGUCGUAUUGGUACCACUAGUUUUCCUACCGCUGUCUAUACUAUCGUAUACCUCGAUUUUUGGGAUUUGUUCGACGCUCCUCAUCAUCCUUGUCAUUUUUAUAGACGGCUUUUCUAAGCCAGAUGCCCCUGGUAGUCUGUGGAGUCCAGCCAUAACGUCAUGGGGGACUGGCUCUAUGACAGAGCUUGGUAUUGCAUUUGGCUUGUUGAUGGCUGGCUUCUCUGGUCAUGCUGUGAUACCAUCGCUAGCCCGUGACAUGGUCGAUCCUUCCCAGUUUGAUAAUAUGAUCAACUGGGCUUUCGUCAUUGCCACAUUCACCUAUGCGAUCAUCGGCUAUGCGGGAUACUUGAUGUUCGGACGUAACGUGAGCGGUGAGAUCAGUAAGGACCUCAUGAACACUCCUGGUUAUAACUCCUGGAUCAACGAAAUUGCUCUGUGGAUGUUGGUGUCAACUCCUCUCACGAAGUUCCCUCUCAGCACGCGGCCACUCAAUGUCAUCCUCGAAAUCAUGCUCGAUAUAGAUAAUCAUACUCCUGGCGUCAAACCUCAACUGGACACUCAAUCUUCGACUGCCUGUCGGCUUUUUAAUCGCGCUCUCUUCGUUGUCGAGCGCGUAUCUGUCCCUGCGCUGUCUAUUAUGGUGUCGAUCAUCUUUCCCGAGUUUAGCUCCCUUAUGGCCUUCCUUGGCUCGUUUUCGGCGUUCAUGAUCUGUGUUAUCGGUCCCAUAUCAGCUAAAAUUGCCCUUGGGGGAAGGUGCAGUUUCGUUGAUGCUUCACUCCUCGCAAUAGCCACUGUGAUGGCAACUUGGGGAACGUUCGCUGCAUUUUGGACUGCGUGAGAAAUCCUCAUUUGUCUUGAAGAAAUUACAUAGACGGGGACCUCCUUGAAGUACUUUAUUAGUCUCUUUUCACUCAUCUUGUUUCUGACCUUUUACUUGCGUUUCCUGCAAGCAUGUAUUAUACACAUCUUCGUCUGGUCGUAUCACAUCUAUCAACAUCAUAUUGAAUGGGUAGAUGUACACUGUACACGAAUAUCACUGUCAAGUCAUCAUUUGGCUUGCACAGUAUGUGAGAUAACCUUGCUAAGCUCUAUAUAUAUAAGUGAUUGAGGGCGA